CAAUCGAUUACCAAAUAGUCAUCAGUGAUAGUGAAUAUUUUAUAGUUAACUGGUAGCAAACUUGAAACUAGCAACUACGCCAACUAGUUAACAACUUUCGACUACAUAGGACUGUUCCGACUACUGAAUUAAAUUUAGUUUUGCGCUUCCGAAUAUUCUGAGUUCAAUUUCGAUAGAUUUCUGUCGAGUCUCGAUCAUAGUGCUGUAGCUGCACAAAAUUAUUUUAUAUAUUGCUGAACAAUUAUGGAGGAACAUUGCAAAUCCCUAGCUUUACAAUACGAUUUGUUCGUCAAUAGCACCCUCAAGUAUUUAGACACGACAACCGAGAGAGAUUACAUGCUAAAAUUAAAAGUCAUCGAUCAAUUAACAUAUAGAAUCAAUCAAAGUGAAUCUGAUAAAGAUAUUAUCAAGAGAAAUCUAGAAGCAGUUCAAGAUGAAUGUUCCAAAUUAACUUAUAAACUUAAAACUUCUGCUCGUUUAUUGGAUGAAGUUCGAGCAGAAAGAGAAAAACUUGUCUUUGAAAAGGAAGCCAUGAAAUCUCAAUUAAAGCAAUUACACAAUAUUAUGAAAAAUCAUGAUAUUAUGGAAAAAUCACAUAAUUCACUCUUAAAUCAUUCCGAUUGUGUAAAAUUGGACGAAAAAAAGACUUUUAAUAACACUGAUGCUUUGUUAUCAGAUAUUAGUUAUAGUCAUUCUGAAGAUAGUUCAUAUGAACAAUUAUUGAAAUAUCCCAAACAAAAUUCUGCACUCAUAAAAAAGCAUUCUACUGGCAAUAUUUUCAAUAACUUGAACACAAAAAAAURUGAGAUUAAAAACUUGAAUACUACUAACAAACAAAUUAUUGCUACAACUAUUUUAACUAUGGAUUUGGAUAGUAUAAAUGCAAAAUCUGUUAUAGAAACUUAUCCAGCACAAACUUCAAAAGUUGCAUUAGUAUCAUCAUCGAACGAUUCUACAGAGCCAUUGUCUACCAGUGAUUCUGAAAUGGAAAAUAAUAUAACUGAAAAAAAACACAAUUUUAUACAAAAAAUGGUUGUCAUUCCAGAAAUGUGUGGUCACUGUCAUAAAAAAACUGGACAUUUUUUUUUCAGAAUAAAGUUUAACAAUUAUAUGGUUAAAUGUUUGGACUGUAAAAUUAUAACUCAUMUGGAAUGUAAGGAUUUUAUACCUACUUUAUGUACAAUUGAUGAAUUAAAAGUUAUUGCUUCGAAUUGUGGUGUCCCACCUUUCAUUGUUCACUGUAUUAACGAAAUUGAAAGAAGAGKAUUGGAUACAGUUGGAUUAUACAGGGUGUCUGGUUCUGAUAAAGAAGUGAAAAGUCUAAGAGAAAAAUUUCGUAAAGGUUUACCGAAUUUAAAAGAUAUAGACAUUCAUGUAUUAUGUAGCUUUUUGAAGGACUUAAUUCGUACGCAAGAAAAUAAUCUUAUAUCUCCAAGUGAUUUAUCAAAGUUGACUAAUGCAUUAAAAGACAAAAAUGAUGUUUCAAAGUCACUUUGUCAAGUCGUAUCUGAAUUGCCACAUAAUAAUCGUAUCAUACUUGCAUUCCUCAUUCUUCAUUUGCAAAAGGUUGCUCUUUCAUCAAAAUGCAAUAUGGAUUAUAAAUGUCUAGCAAUUGUUUUUGGACCUACAAUCGUUGGUGUUACAAGUACUUCCUUAGAUGAAUUACAUAUUGAAUCUGAAAUUGUUUUUGAAGUUGUAAGAGAACUGCUAAUGCUGCCUUAUAAUUUUUGGCUUAGUUCUUUGAAAACUAAAAGCAUUUCUUCUGAUGAACCGUUAUAUAGUACUCCCAUCAAAAAUCAACCGCAAACACCAGGAACAUCUAAUCGUUUUUUUUCUGCUGGACUAAAAAGACGGAUAUUAGACUCCCCCAAAAAAAAUAAAAUUGCAAAACAAGAUAAGUUUUAAAUCCAGCAUUGAAUUAAGAAAAUAGUUAAAAUAUAUUAAUGUUAAAGUAUAUGUUACGAAUGAAUUAAUUUUUUUUAUGAA